AAAAAAAAACACACCACCCCCCGCCCAGCCCAGCGCCGAGCCGCCCCCGGCCGCUCCCGCCAGCCCGCGGCCGCCGCAGCCAUGGAGGAGCCCGAGGCCGGGGGGGCCGCGCCGGCGCCGGGGCUGCGCUCGCUCCUGCCGCCCCGGGAGUUCCUCUGCUCCCGCAAGGGGCAGCUGCUCCUCGCCGAGACGGUGCUGUCAUUUAUCAUUUUUAUCUGCUAUAUUGCAUCUCUAGCUGCCUCUUUCAUGAUGGCACCACUCCUAGAGUUUCUGCUGGCACUAUUUCUUUUUUUUGCCUACGCCUCUAAACUUAAUGAGAAGUUUAAAGGACUCUACUGGCCUUUGACGGAUUUCCUGCGGUGCGUCACUGCUGCCAUUAUUUACUUUGCCAUUUCAAUUGCUGCUGUCUCAAAAUACAACGACGGAGCAUCUAAAGCAGCAGGAGUGUUUGGGUUCAUAGCCACAAUAGUGUACGCCAUUGAUUUCUACAUAACCUUCAAUGACCUGGUUACUUUUCUCAAGCAAGGCAGUUCCGAUUCCCCUGAAGGGCGCAAGUCAGAAGAUGAGGACUCAGAUUCUGACUCCGACUGAAGAACCCAACACCAACCAAGCAUGAAGGGAAGAUGAUCAAGCACCUUCCUCUCUGCUGAAUGCACUGCCAAUUCAAAUAUCUCCUUUAUUUCAGCCUUAGUAGCCUCUUUCCACCUCACUGUUUAUGGAAUCACCAAAGCACAGACAGGGCAGUGAUGUGGAAAAGGAGACUAUUCCCAAUGCCAUUAGAUGCUUUUUCAGAGCUACAGAUUUUACUUUAGUUCAACCUGCCCAAGGUCUGUAUCCAAACAACACAUCUCAAUUCUCUGUUGCCCCUCCUCACUCAGCACUACAAUGUACUGAGUAAACAGAACAUAGUAUUUUAAACAUAUAAGCAGAGCUUUUAAUACGCUUUACUUAAUUCCAACUCUGUAACACUUAGAGCUUUUAUACUUCUUGCUGUGCCAAAGAAGAGAGGCUUGGAAUGCCUCUAUUUGUAUUUUUCUUGAUUAACUAAUAGUAUUUCUUUAUCUGAAUAUUCCGCUAUCUCAAGCACUGAAGGCAUAGAUUGUAGUUAACACGUUGGUUUCAAUACAUUUGUAUCCACUGCCUAUCUGUGGCAAGAAAAAGCAACAACUGGAAACGUGUAGCAAGAACAAACCUCAAAGUAUAAUCGUGCCGCAGGGUGGCUGGCUCAUCAAACAUUCGGUAUCACUUUUGUAAGCUGUUUGGAUGGGGUCACAUCUCAUCUUCUGCAAUUUCAGCACUGAUACGAGGUAGCACAGACGAGGCAUUGUCUUACCAGCCCCCUUCCUACCAUUUGCAUGGAAGCCCUUGCACACACAGCUAAGGAAGGCUUGCCAAACACCAUCCAACAGUAUUUGCCUAUCAAAGCCUCCAAGUGUUUUACGCACAAGAUACCAUGGUCUGAUUUCAUGCUGUUGCAAACACUGGUCCUCCCACGAGUUUACUGUUUGUAAACUUAAAACUGUAAAACUCAGGAUACCUGGGCCCCAGGAGGGCAACACAUCCUUCCCACUGUGAAAAGGUAAAAAACCAACCUCCAAACUGAAGAAUGUCUGCAAUUAAUUUCAUUUUUGAGACCUCCCCCUCUUUUUGUGUGUGCGCUUUUCUGUUUCAGUUUGAGGUUUGGGUUUUGUCCCCCUGGAAGGACAUGAUUUAUCUUGUGAUCGAGUAUUCUGGUGGAAAAGCCGCCUGAUUUUACAAGAAGGUGUUUUUGUGGGUAGCACAACCUACCUUGAAAUAAUUUGUGUCCACUUACAGACACAUACUGCUUGGAAGAAACAUGGCAUGCUCCUUAUAUAUGGCAGCAGAUAGGUCUAUUGCAAAGAAACCUGUAUGCAUUAAAGAAAAAAUUAAUAUAGUACCAGAACAGGUGGCCUUAAAAAGUAAUUAAAAUGAGAGCAGAUGGUGCUAACACAGUAAAUGAAACACCAGGAUAAAACCAUAAAGGCAGAUUUCCUUUGGGAAUAAAUGACCACUGGGGUUCCAGUUCCCUGCCGGCAGCUGGCUGCUGACAGGCACAACCACGGUACCGAACAGCGAGCAGGUGCUUGGGAAGGUGCUGGCUGGACUCAGAGCUGCCUAACGGGCAGCUCCUACCUCUCCUCUUUCCAGACCACCGACAGAAUAAAGGCAAAACAAACGGUUGCUUCUAGAUGUGACAAAUCAUCUUCGAUUUUAUGAAAAAAAAUCUAUGCAUCUCUUCCUGUAUGAAAUUCUACCUUCCUUUCUCUUCUGUUGUCAUAUUUUACUGGCACGCACUGUGACGUCAGGGGACCUGGGCUCAUUUUUUAUAUUCAAUGGGUUUGUACUUCUCUUAUUUUUAUUAAAAAAAAAAAAUAAAAAUGUACUGCAUGUCACAGCUGGAAACUUGUACAUGGUUAGUAUUUAGAAACCAUGCUGGAUUAAACCUCUUUUAACAGAA